AUCUCAGUCAGCCAUUGGUCUCAAGGACCCUUUGAGGACAUUGUACACAAGCUCUCUGAUGUCAUUGUCGAGGCCGAGUACGACAGCCAAUCGCAACAACUCCUCGACAACUUCCAGGGUUAUGUGUCCGUGCAUCCCCAUACUGUUCUUCUGGACCCCCUUCCAGCAAUGAGCCAGCUACUGGAUCGCUUUGCCUCCAAACAGAUUAUGAGCCAGCUCCAGAACUCCCCGAGAAGUACAGCACAGUGGCCUCACUGUCCCUCCUCUAGACAUCUGCCAAGCCAAGCUCUCAUCUGUCUUAUGCUCUCACUGAGAGCACUGUCCCACCUGGACAAAAGGAACACCUAUUCUGUAAAACCAAGGUGGCUCAUGGAUCCCGCUCCCAUGAGUAUGGCUGGUCUGUCAGAGGCCCGCCCUCCCUGUGUGCUGCAGAGCUUCGUCAACCACGGUGCCGUGCUGCACAAGGUGUUUGUGUUGGGAGAGGACCACUUCACUGUGGAGAGGCUCUCGCUGAAUAACUUCUCCCCCGGACCCCGUGGUCAAUGUGGACACACCCUCACCUCUUCUUCUCCCUCUUGCACUUUCUCUUCCUUUCUCUCUCUCUAUCUCUCUUUCUCAUUCUCAUGCUUAUACUGUGCUUUUAAUAAUCUGUUUCAAUAAAACGUCUUCCUAAUG